AUGCCACCAAAGAAGGCUACCGGCACAGCCACAGCCACCGCAACUGCAACAACCACCACCACUACCAAAAAAACCUCUACACCAGCCGACCACCCAUCCUAUAAGGAUAUGAUCAAGGAUGCUAUCCUUCAACUCAAAGAGCGAAACGGAAGCAGCCGCCAAGCCCUCAAGAAGUAUGUUCUGAGCAACAACAAGGGCAUCAAAGAAUCGAAUUUCGAUACGCAGUUCAACGCCGCUAUCAAACGUGGUGUUGCUGCUGGUGAUUUUAUUCAACCAAAGGGCCCUUCAGGCCCCGUUAAACUUCAGAAGAAGGAUGCUGCCAAGUCCACAACAAAGGCAGCUAAGGCCACUGGAGAAAAACCAGCCAAGAAGCCAACUGUAAAGAAAGUAUCAGCAGCAAAGAAAGCUGCCGCUGCCAAAUCUGCCGCAAAGCCAAAGGCCGCAGCCAAGCCUAAAACCGCGGCCGCUAAUUCGAAGAAGCCAAGAAAGACAACCGUGAGUUCAGCAAAAUAA